AUGCAAAUGAGGUCGAAUAUGCAGGUACCGGUCGCUGGCCAGGCACCAAGGCACCAAGGCAUCAAGCAUCCAGCGAAUCCAGGCACAAAAUCUGCUUCAAGACAUCCAGAGCAGCACCACAAGCAGCAUCCACACGGCCAAACGGCCUACCGGAAUGAUCCGCUGCUCCUCUUCCGACCACCACUUCGCCAAGAACAAGAACUAGAGCCUGCUGCCUGCACACCACCGGCCGCCAGCCUCAGUCGACCCCGUUUGGCUGCAUCCCAAUUCAUCAUCAUUUUGCCAGUAUUCUCUCUCUCGGCCCACUAUCGCCCGUCCCGGCCGUCGUUGCACGUUUAUCUGUUCUUUUUUGCUUUUUCCCACGGUGCUGGUCGCUCUUCGCAGGCUGCCAUCCCGUUUCCCCCGCCGUUGCCAACGAAAUUUCGACGUGAAACGUCUCUGUAA